UGAACUUGCAGCAGCCCAGUAUUUCCCACAGUGCUCCUGAUGGAUGGUUUGACGUGGGGCCUCAGGGGCCAGUGAUUACCAGGGGCCACAAUUUCACUAUCAUCUGUUCAACUCAAUCUCAGUAUCCUGGAGGAUCUUUUCACCUAUUCAGAGGAUCAAGCAUCACCAGGACUGAGUCAGCCGUCAGUCACUCUGCCUCCUUCUUCUUUCCUGAGGCAGAUUAUUCACACGAGGGAAACUACAGCUGUGUUUAUGAAGUCAGUGUCUCCUCACGCUCCUUCCGUUCAUCUGCCUCUGAACUGCUGCUCAUCACUAUCACAGCCUCCCUGCUUCCUGUCAUUGGUGCUGCAGUGUCAGCUGUGCUGCUCUUAUUGUCCUCCCUCAUAAUCAUCCUCCUGCUGAAGAGAAGACAAAAGCAAAGGAACAAACAAAGUCAUUUGAAGUGCUCUUUUAUGAAAGGUCAAGCUGCAUCACAUAAUAGCAAAAAUGAAGAUGAUGAUGAUGAGGCAGAUUAUGAAAAUGUGGAACUUGAUGAAAACAUGGAUCAUGAUGAUUAUGAACCGGACUAUAUUAAUGUGGACUCUGAUCAUUCUGAACAGGACUAUAUUAAUGUGGACUGACCAUUCUGAAGAGGACUAUGUCAAUGUGAAUAUUACAGAGAAAAGUGUGGUGAAAGCUGUUGUGAUUAAUAUUGAGUGAACCCAAAAACUACAAUUAUUGAGGCUCAAAACAGAUUAAAUAUGGCAGCCUUGAUUUGAAUCAAUUCAGUUGACAGUGUGAUGAACAGAGAGACAACAGCAUGGGAUGCUGACCCCUAAUACAGUGCAUUCAUUCUGAGCACUGCAGUGUUCAUCACAGCCUGCUGCACAUAUUCCAACUGAUAGAUUUUUGUUUAGUGCAUCCAGUGAUUCAAGUGAACUGUGUCCCAGGGAUAUCAGAUCACAUUUAGUAAUAAGUGAAAUGGAGA